AGAGAGAGAGAGAUUGAAGGAUGCCUUCAGACAUUUUGGCUGAUGAUAAUGGUGCCGGCAACGAGAAGCUAACGGCGUCGAUGGUGAUGGUUUGCAUAGUAGCAGCCUCUGCUGGUAUGCUCUUCGGAUACGACGUUGGUGUUUCAGGUGGGGUGGUGACAACGAAACCGUUCCUGGAGAAGUUCUUUCCGGAUGUGCUGAGGAGGAAGGCGAUGGAGGCAAACAAGAUCACCUACUGCACGUACAAUAACAAAUUGCUUACAUUUUUCACUUCCUCACUCUACUUGGCGGCCUUGUUUUCGUCCCUCGUGGCCGGUCGGUUCAGCGCAGAUUGGGGACGAAAGGCGACGUUGGUGGCCGGUGGAUUGAUCUUCCUGGCUGGCACCGCAGUCAUUUGUGCUGCCAUGAACUUGGCGAUGCUCAUCGUUGGCCGUCUUUUUGUCGGUUUUGGGAUCGGUUUCUCAAACCAGGCAGCACCAAUAUAUCUCUCCGAAAUGGCUCCUACAAAGUGGCGUGGAGCCUUUGCCACAGGGUUCGAUUUCUUCGUGUGCAUCGGUGUGGUAACUGCAUGCACCGUCAACUACUUAGUAAAUCGACUCAAAGUGGAAUGGUCUUGGCGUCUCUGUCUCGGUCUUGCCGGAGUGCCGGCGAUCAUCAUGACAAUAGCAGCCUUCUUCAUCCCAGACACAACCGUGAGCUUGGUCCAACGAGGCAGGGUAGGGGAGGCUUGGGAGACACUGAGUCAAGUCAGAGGAGUUGACUCAGACGUGGAAACCGAGUUAACAGAUAUCUUCAAUAACAGCCAAGCAGCUGCAGAGAAAUCCGGGUUUUGUAGUCAGUACAGGAAGAUAUUCCAGAGACAGUAUAGGCCGCAUUUGGUGUUGACGGCGGCGGUGAUGAUGUUUCAGCAACUGACAGGUGUCAAUAUGACGGCGUUCUAUGGGCCGAUAAUAGCCCAAACAAUUGGGGUUAAGCAUGACUCUGCUUUGGUCGGAGCUGCCAUUAUGGGUGCAAUCAACCUCGCUUUCGUCUUGAUUUCUUGUUUCAUGGUUGACCGAGUUGGCCGGAGGAUUUUGUUUACUAUUGGUGGGAUCAAUUUGUGCAUUUCCCAGGUAGGAAUGGCUUGCAUGCUUGCAGCCAAAGUAGGGGCAUCCGACAAUGAACCCCUCACAAAGGAAACUGCAAAGGCAAUAAUGGUGUGGAUGAGUUUAUACUCUGCUGGAUUUGGUUACUCAUGGGGUCCCCUUGCCUUUCUAAUUCCUAGUGAAGUCUUACCAAUAGAAGUCCGGCCGGCCGGCAAUGGCAUCGGUAUCUCUAUCAACUUCUUGGUCACCUUUGUGGUAGCUCAAACGUUUGUGUCCAUGCUUUGCCACUUGAAGUUUGCUGUGUUCUUACUUUAUGCUGCAUGUAUUGUGAUUAUGACCUUGUUUAUAUUACUGUUCCUUCCUGAGACCAAAGGGAUUCCUUUGGAAUCAAUGGGGCCUGUAUGGGAGAAGCAUUGGUACUGGGGAAGGUUCGUACAAAGUAAGAUUCAGAACAAGAGAGACAUAUCCAUGGGAACAAUUAUGGAGUAUUAAGGCCUGUCCACAUAGUUUGUUCUUUGUGUGUGUGUGCUGCUGCCUAUUAAAGGGUUUUUUUUU